UGAGUACUUGAAGAGAGAGAGAGAGAGAGAGAGAGAAUUUACUAGUUGCAAAGAAAACAGUUACAAGUAGCUUACUUUUUGACUGACACACUUGAAGUUUGUCAAAUGAGUUUUAGAGAGUGCCUGGAUCAGAACAAAAGGGUGACAGAUACAGACCGACCAGAGCCUUAUUUAGCUGAUGAACAAUGAUGAAGAUUUCAGCUUUAGUUUGAAGCAGUGGGCGUGGAUAAACACCUGCAGAAUCUGAACCACUUCCAAAGACUCUCCCUUUGCUUUCUGGGGUACCUUUUCUCUUUUCUGGGUUUACCCUUUGACUCCGGGUUUCGCGACUUUGAGUUUGACUGGUUUAGUUUCCAUCUCCGGAAAGACUGACCGGAAAUUUGAAGCAGUGCGGUGGUGAGAGUUGAGUGACGUAGUGGAGGCCAGAAAAGAAACCUAUUAAGUUGGGGCAGUUAGGGCCGGGGAGGGGACACUACUGCUUAGUUUUGGCGGGCAGCAACGGUCACUAUCAAUGAUUUUUAUGUGGGUCCACUCUGCUGCUGCUGCUUCUUCUUCUUCUUCUUCUUCUUCUUCUUCUUCUUCUUCUGCCUUUCACACUGAGACGAGACGAGCCAUCUUCUACUUACUCACUCACUCUCACCUAAUGGUCUCCUUUGACCGUUCAUAACCCUCCAUCUUCUUCUCUUCUGCGUUUCUUUGUUGUUUGAUUUGAUCUUGAAUUGGUUCGAUUCAGCUGCCCGAUCACAAGUUGAAACGAAGUGCUUGGGUGGUUUGUGACCCCAAAUUUCAGCAGAUCUCAGUCAUAUGAGGAGGAGAUCUACUCUGCCUGUGGUAGAUGUAUUUAUCGUACUUGUAGCAUUGUUCAGUACUGCUCCGUCUCCAUGGGCUGUUGUCAAGGGCAGUCAUCCACAUUGCAAGAAAUUAAGAGAAAACUUGGGGGAAAUUCGACCUCACAGUGUCACCAUUACUGAAUUUGGCGCAGUUGGAGAUGGGGUCACCCUUAACACCAAAGCCUUUCAGAAUGCCAUCUUUUAUCUCAACUCUUUCUCUGACAAGGGUGGGGCCAAACUUUUUGUUCCUGCAGGCCGGUGGUUGACAGGAAGCUUCCAUCUAAUCAGUCAUCUAACCUUGUGGUUGGAUGAAGACGCAGUCAUUCUUGGAUCAACGAACUCAGAUGAUUGGCCAGUUGUUGAUCCCUUGCCAUCAUAUGGUCGAGGAAGGGAGUUGUUUGGGAAAAGACAUCAAAGCCUCAUAUACGGGCACAAUUUGACUGAUGUUAUCAUAACUGGUCGCAACGGAACCAUUGAUGGUCAAGGCAGCGUCUGGUGGAAUUGGUUCCAUAAUAAAACUCUGAAUUAUACAAGGCCCCAUUUGGUGGAGUUAAUGAAUUCAACUGCGGUUGUCAUCUCAAACCUGACUUUCUUAAAUUCACCAUUUUGGACCAUUCACCCAGUAUACUGCAGCCAUGUUUCCGUCCAGAAUCUCACCAUCCUUGCUCCUCUCAACUCACCAAACACAGAUGGGAUCGAUCCAGACUCUUCUGAUAAUGUCUGCAUUGAAGACUGUUAUAUCAGCACUGGUGAUGAUCUGAUCUCCAUCAAAAGUGGGUGGGAUGAGUAUGGCAUUUCAUAUGGUCGUCCCAGUAGAAACAUUCUCAUUCACGGGAUUACAGGGAAAUCUCAAAGAAGUGCGGGAAUUUCAAUUGGAAGUGAGAUGUCUGGAGGUGUUUCAGAAGUUCAUGCAGAAAAUCUCCAAUUUUUCGGUUCUCAUACAGGUAUCAGAAUAAAAUCUUCUCCAGGAAGGGGUGGUUAUGUCAGAAAUAUCUAUGUGUCAAACGUGACCUUGGAUGGUGUAUAUAUAGCUAUAAGGUUCACCAGUCACUAUGGGGAACACCCAGAUGAGUUUUACGAUCCAAGUGCCCUCCCUAUCGUAGAACAGAUUACUUUUAAAGAUGUCAUAGGUGAUAGUAUCAAAAUUGCAGGCCUCCUAGAGGGUUUAGAAGGUGGCAGUUUUCAGAACAUCUGCCUAUCCAAUAUUGUCCUCAAUGUAACGUCAAAGUCCCCAUGGAACUGCUCUUCUAUUCAUGGAUAUUCUUACUUAGUUUAUCCCGAAAUCUGUGAGCCUCUGAAGGAGAGUAUCUCCCCUCAGCAUUACUCGGACUGUUACCAUCUAUCGGAUCAGAAAUUGUUUUCCAGUGAAUAAACAGAGGCGAAGAGUUGCUGUCUUGGUA